AUGGCGCGCGCGGCGGACCCGGGGGCGUCGCUGUCUGGGCUGGCCCUCGGGUCGGCCCUCAUCCAGCGCCUGCCCAGCCUCGAGCUGCUGCAGGCGCUGACGGCCGCGGCGACCGCUGCGCCGCCCCCGCACGCGGCCGGCCGCCCCGCCAGCGCCAGUGCGGGCGCUGCUGCCGCCAGCGCCUUCGACGCGGCUGCUGCCGAGCACGCGGCCGGGGCGGGCGGCGCGGCGGAGGCGGCGGCGGCGUUGCUGUUCACGUGA